CCCUCUACACCAUUUGAUACAUCAAACACAUAUCUUUCUUAGAUCAGAAUUAUUUGCUACAUAAAGUUUACAGUUCUUUGCUACCAAUUUUGUAAGAACAAACAAUAGUCUUGUGAAGAGUGGAAAAUGGGUUCAACAAGAAAAGCUAUUGUGGCAGUGAGUGUUGGAGUUGUGGAAGCCAUGAAAGACCAGGGGAUCUGUAGGUGGAAUUUUAUCAUAAGAGCGGCACAGCAACAUGCCAAGAACAAUCUGAGGUCGUUUACUCAAGCCAAGAGCCUUUCUUCUUCUACUUCUGCAAUGGUUUCAAACAAAUUGAGAGAUGAGAAAAUGAAGCAGUCAGAGGAGUCUCUUAGGAAAGUCAUGUACUUGAGUUGUUGGGGUCCAUAUUGAAGGCAGUAGUGAUCAGUUGAAGAAGGUGACUAUUAUACGAGUGAGCUAGUGAUGAGUAGUGAGUUCUGAUGGAACUUCGUUGGGUGAAAGAAUGCUCAAGACAUCUCGUGCAAAGCAUGGGAGAUUCUGAACUCUGAAGUCAUAUAGUGGUCGUGCUUUGUGCUUGAAAUUUGUGACAAUUUUAUGUUGAACUUUGCAAAGCGGAUGUAAAUUGGAAAUUGUAAUGAUAAAGUUCUAUAGCAAACAAGAUAUAUAUUUUUACAA